AUGGCGAUCGAUAUUGUUCCUCCGAAGAGACGCCGACUCACGGAUGAAUCGGAAUUUGACGUCAUCACCGGCGAAGAUGACGAACAACUCCAAAUCUUGCUAUGCUCGGAGGAAUUGACACCGGCAUACGACUAUAUGGAUGAAGAUAUUAAGCCCAUUCAGACAUUCAUCUCUGAAGAAGUUGAUAGUAGAGACGUUGGGGUCACCGGAAUGACGAUCAUGGUUGCUGGGUCUUCUUACAUUCCGAAAUUGAACGCAGAAAAGCCAUUAGGUGAAGACGCAAGCUUUAUUUGUCUUAACAAACAGGUGAUCGGUGUUGCUGAUGGUGUUGGUGGGUGGGCGAAAAAGGGUAUCGAUUCAGGUGUGUAUUCAAGGGAAUUGAUGAAAAACGCUGAAUUGGCAAUUCAGAAGCAGAGUAGUAUUACUACUAUUGAUUUGAUGAAAGUUCUUAAUGAAGCUUUUUCGAAUACAAAGGCGAAGGGUUCUUCUACUGCUUGUAUUCUGUCUCUUUCCGAUGACACAUUGCACGCUGUUAACGUCGGAGAUAGUGGGUUUGUAGUAAUAAGAGAGGGGAUAAUUGUGUAUAAAUCGAAAGUUCAGCAAUCAAGGUUCAAUUGUCCUUUUCAAUUGGGGAAUGGGAGUACUUCUGAUGAUCCGAGUGUAGCUGAGAAAAUCAGUGUUCCAGUGAUAGCAGGGGAUGUGAUCGUGUUGGGAACAGAUGGAUUGUUUGAUAAUGUACAUGAUUUCGAGUUAGAAGCAAUUGUGAAUUCAGGGGUGGAGUCAUGGGAAUCAGAUGUGCCUGAGACAUUGGCAUGGAGGAUUGCGCAGUAUGCAUUGGACAAUGCCAAGAACACAGAGGUCUACACGCCUUUUACGAGAGAGUGUUUUAAAGAUGGUGUUGUACGUAAUGGUGGAAAGUAUGAUGAUAUUACUGUCAUUGUCGCGAAUAUUUGGCCUUUGUAG